UAGCAAUUUAGCGCGCAGUCUCGUAAAUCGAUCGAAAAUAAUACUUUUUGAUAAAAAAAAUGUCUGAUACAUUAAUAGAAAGUGUCCUCUUGGGAAAAAUUAAUAAUGAUCUAUUAAUUAAGUGGCUAAAUGACGAGUCUAUUGAGGGCGCGCCGGAAGACUGUAUAUUAUUUUGCUGUAAUAGGAAUGAAUUUGCAGCUUAUUUUCUGUCUUUUUUAAGGAUCCAAACUGAUGCAAUUUUACAAACGAACAGCAAUGCUUUACAAAUACUCAAUCAGACUCCAGAGAAAUCGUUAAGUCAACGAAAACACCAUCGUUCCAUCAGCGAUCCCACAUGCGAAAAUGACAGAUCCAGUGAUAAUCUCACGGUCAAAAGUGACCGUAAAACUCAAGAAUCGCCAAAUCGCGAGAAGAAAAAGACAGGGAGGCGGGUCAAAACAAAGCUGUUUACAGAUGAGAAGACAAACAACCAAUCUCUGUUAUCAAACCAAUCAUCAGAUGAAUCCAGAUUGAGUAUUGGAGUUGAACGAAUUGUAGUGUCUAGUACACCAAUGAAGAAUGGCUUCAAACCGGACAGUAGUUUCAUUACCAGCCCCGUAACUCCAACAUCUAAAAGCUUCAGUGAAAGAUGCGAUACGCCACGCCUCUCCCGGCACUCAAGGUCACAAGACAAAAGCAUAAGCUUUGGGGACUAUCUAGCAACCGCAACAAAAAGUUCCAAAAAGAAACGGUCUAGCCAAAAGAACACUUCAAACGAGGAUGUGAAAGUGGAUUUGGACCUGAGUAACUCGGAGAUGUUUCCAGAGAUCGGAGCGAGGAAGUCUAGCUCGCUGCGGUCGGAGCGAAGGAGGAUAAAUCCAACAAAUAUCGACACAAGUGUUGGACAGAAGAGUAUGUCGUUGAACAGUUUCAGUGACGCGUUUCAGCAGCCUCCGUUAGCUUUGGAAGAGAACUUAGCGUUCAAACCGCAGUUACAGCCGAAGGAGACAUCCGGAAACUUUGACGCCGAGCGUAAUAUAUUACGACAAGAAAGAUACAAGCUGAUGGAGAAAUUCAACAUUCUUAACACGAGCGUGUCGCCGAAAGUGACGCCGCAAAUAAAAAUCACGCCACGGGACGCGGUAGAUAAAAAAAUACCUAGCAAAUGUAAUUACGAAGAGGCGGACGUUGCCAAAGUAGUGUAUAAGGAAAAAAUUGACAUACUAAUUGAUAUAUAUGACUCUUUAUUGAAGAACAAUCUCAUCCUCAGCGUGAAUACGGAGAUAUACUUUCUCAUAUCGAUUCUGCUAUCGAAACAGGAUGAAAACGAUUAUAAACAGAACGAAUCUCAAAUGAGUGACAAAACGGAGAAGUGUAUACUAAAAAGUAUACACAACAGUACGUAUUUUUCAGUGAAAUCGCUGUGGAACCUGCGGUUUGUGUUGGAAGUGAUUUUAGAUAAGAGUGCAUUGAAAACGUUAGGCGAAAAUAAGAAAGUGCGUGGUUUCUUUCCGGAUUUGGCUAAGUUUUUAUUGAACUCAUAUGGUUUGAAGUGCGAGGCAGAUAGUGAGAGGAAACCCACGCAAGAGGAACGUUGUUCGAACGGCAUUGUGUGUUUUAAUUUUGAAACGGACAACGCAGAUAACUUUCCAUCGUUGCUGAGCUUCCAGAACUUUAAGAAACAGCGGGAUAUGUUCUAUGAGAUAUUGCGUGCAGAAUCGAAGCUGCACAAAUUACAGCGCCGCCUAACGUGUCCCGCUGCGCCGGAGUCGCAUCGUCUACCGCACUUCACCGACAAGGAGAUGUUUUAUAAAGAAUUCAUAAUGCACGCUGACAAUGAGAGCUUCCGAAUUCAUUUAAAGGACACCCUCGCUUCAGAAAUAAUUUCUCUCGACUCGAAGUCGCUUUGCAGUGAAAGUUCCAACGGUUCGGAGGUUUCGCGCGAAUUCCUCCAAGUGUCCAAGAAGCUAGGCACCCUAUCCAAGUUCCUGGGCUACCUGACGUCGCUGCCCUACACGCAGAUGAGCGACCUCGCGAUAAAAACGGGCGCCGCCGGGCUGCGGGACAUGUACGGCGCGCCCAAGGAGAAGGUCUUGGAGAACAGUAUCGCGAUGAGGAACUAUAGCCAACCGAACAUCGACAUUAUAGGCCUCUUAAAAGCGGCCUACGAAAACAGCCGACUGUGCGUCACCCUGCCCUGGAUAGUGCACUAUCUAUCGAUGUUGGACUACACAUCGCUGCGCACCAACUACUAUCGACAAUUGUUGAGAACCGUCCUGCACAUACACGAGGACCGACUGAGGCACACCAACAGAACAACGGGUGUAUAUCUGAAGUCGAUGCUGGGCUGGCUGUUCGACCUGCCCCACUUCCCCCGCGAGCUGCUCCACGACAAGCUGCGCGUCGCCGGCCGCCAGACCAGCGACGCGCCUCUCGACGCGAUGGACCUCAUAGACGAGGCGAUGCUGCACGAGCUGUGCCCCUUCCUCAGAGACAUCAACGUGCUGCUGUCCUGCAAGGGGACGGCGGAGAAGGGUGGCGGCAGUUUCAGGCACAUAACGCCGGUGAAUCUCAGCUUGAACAAGGAGGAUAGGAUGAGGUGCAAGGAGAGGGAGGUACAGGCGCGUCUCGAAGUGGAGUUCCUAAAGUCGCAGCCUUCGUCCACUCGGCGCGUUCUCGAAAUGGUCGUCGAGCGGGUGACCUCCAGCUCCAUAAAGGAGCUGGGCGGCUCGCUCGUGGCCGCGCGCAGGAGGUGCCGGGAGCUCGCGUGGAGGAGUGUGCACGGUGCCAAGGAGGACCGGUCGGUCCAGCUGGCCAACCUGCAGCAGCUGUACCAAGACCAGCUGACCCAUCUCCGAGCUUUGCCCACAAGCCACACGGCCACAAUCCGAGAGCGCGUGGGCGCCGCGCUGACCGCUCUGCUGCCCACGCCCACGUCCACGGGCACGCCCACGCCCACGCCCACCCCCGUGACCACGGCCGCGCUGCAAGCGAUCGCGGUCAAAGCCUGCACGGAGAGAUUGGUUAAGUGGACGAACGAGCAUUGGAACAGCACGGCCGUACUAUGCAAGGACAUAAACGAGGAGUUGAACACGCUGCUAGCGCUGGGUGAAAACUUCCAAACGCCCGCAACGGAUCAACCGUCGCCGGACGAGUUUAACACAUUCGAUAGUCCGGCUUUCGCUAUCAUAGCUUUGAAGGAGCAGAUCUGCCAGGUGGCGGAGGGCGCGGGCGCGGCGGGCGCGGCGGGGGAGUGGGGCGCGGCGCUGCGGCGCUGCGCGCGCGCCACGCGGGGCGGAGCGCCGUGCCGCGCGCCCGCGCGCCGCGCCAUCCUGCAGCUCAGCCUCGACUUCCUCGUCGUCUCCGUUAGCAAACAUCCAGACCAAGUGACGGACCAAAUCUUAUCAAUGCUCGAAGCUAUAUGGGACAACUGCUGUCCCGAACGACUGCCGGACUCGGAGAGCGAGGUAGAGGGGGAGAGAGGAGAUCCUCUGGAGAGGAGCGGGAGUGAGAGUAAAGACGAGUCGAGCCUGUCGCCGUUCGCGCGGCUGCUGAGCCCGCGCAACGUGUGCGCGCUCGGAUCCGUAAUCUCAUUAUCUUUCAUAUAUUUCCAGGAGGUGCUAGAGAAUCUCUCCGCUUGCAUGAAGACCGUCUCGUCGAAUUGGCGUUCUUCGUCUGGCAAGUUCACUCUGUUCCUCGACUUCCUGGCGGACUACUGCGGGAAUAUGGACUUUGAAAUAAUGGAGUGAGAUGUGCGAUAUGAAAUGGGAUGUAUCUGUGUGAGAUUAAAGCAUAA